AUGAACUCUGGUCUUGGACUUUUAACUGGACAGAAUGAAACUCGAUUCUUCGCAGACGUCUUCGAUCCCAGUCUAGGACCCUGGCUAACGGACGGCUUCUCAAACGGCCAGGCUCCAGAAACUCUCCUGGGAAAUGUAGGGGAGAUGCUGGAUAUUCCUCUGCUGCAAGCGCAAGAUCCUGGAGGCGCUCUCGAGAUGAACUAUAAUUUUCAGUUCGGUUUCUUUCCGGCACCCAAUACAAACUCAACGAGUCAAGGAAAUACCAAGUCUAAUCGAUAUUCGAUGCCGUUCCCUGCCAUGGUCGUGGACGAUAUCAUCGAUGCAUUCUUCAAGUAUGUGUCUGGAUGGCUACCGCUCUUUCACAAACCGCGAUUCUAUGCAAAAUAUAAUGUGUAUGGUCAAGAUACCGAGAAAUAUCAGAGUCUCUGUUUGGAAGACUGCCUGAUCCUCGAUACGAUCUGCGCCCUAGCCGCCCGCUUUUCUACAUCUUCAUAUUUCGCCCAUUUACCCCCGAAGAGUCGGGCUGAACCGUUUCUCACCCAGGCCACGCAGCUAUUUCAGGACGCCAUGAAACUCGAUGCGGCAAUCCAAGCGAAUCUAUCCUUGCUACAGGGAUUAAUUCUUCUGGGCUGGUAUCAUCAGGUGUGUGGCUCCAGUGGGCGAUGCGGCAAUCUCAUUGGUAUCUCUUGUCGUUUGGCGUAUGACCUAGGACUUAACAACAUCGACCAUGACAUCUUGGAGUCCAAAUCCGCAGUCCAAUGGACGUCGACAGAAGAAUGGAGCAAGAAAGAAGAACUCCGUCGGGCUUGGUGGUUGGCUUGGGAGCUCGACAUGUUCUCGGGGACGAUUCUGAAACGGCCACACACCAUUGAUAAAACUCACAUAAACGUCCUGCUGCCAGUAUCGGAUGAAGCAUGGUUCUCUGAUACGCCGGUUGCAUCCGUCGCAGUUAUACAUGACCCACUACACGUUUGGAAGACACUCAAAGAUUCUCCCAACGACGACGACAGGGCUUGGUUCCUCAUAGCGUCGUUCCUCAGGGCGUUUGCUCACGAUAUAAUCCACAGACGGCAUACGACAGCGCAGACGAUAUGCGACUUCCAGUCCUCCAUAACUUGCUUCUCUCUGAUUCUUCCUCAAAGGUUUCAUCUUUCCACGAACUGUCUGAGCUAUGAUGAGUCCAGUUUUGCCGCAAACAAUUGGAUUGUGUGCACUCAUUUAAUCCUGCAGUCGAGUCGCUCGUCACUUCGACUGCUUUGUAAUCGGAAGUUCCCAGAGCAUUUGGAUGUCUCACUGGAAACAUCAGCCUUGGAAGAUGAGAAGUUGGUGUGUCGCGUUAUUAGGGAAUGGGACCCUAACUAUAUCGCUCGAACAUGUCCUCUGGUUACCACGACCCUUCUUGGACCCGCGGCCAUCAACGCCAAAACAGCGUGCGAGUUGGCUGCCCACCCGGACGAGAGCCGGCCGAUAUACCUCGAGAUGUUGAAGCUAGUUCUCGGGGCGAUAGGCUCGUUCUGGCAGAUCGGUGCUUCUGUGCUAGAACUUGUACAGCUGCUCGAGGCUCGUCGGUCUAUCACCGAGCUGGUCAAUGCCCGCAAGAAUGAUCUGGAUCGACUUCCUCUCCUUUUGCCCAAAAAUGAUGAAGAUUCCAGCAGCUGA